UGUUUUGAAAAAUGUUGUGAGAAAAUGUUCGUGAUUUUUUAGGAAAUGUUUGUGGAUGUUUUUGUGUUUUGUUGUAUGUUUUGAGAUUUUUUAUAGAAAUGUUUUGGAGAAUGUUGUGGAUGAUGUUUUGUUUGUUUUGGUAGAAAUGUUUUGGAGAAAUGUUUUGGAAAAAUGUUUUGGGAGAAUAUUUCGGAUGUUUUGUUUAUUUCGUGGUUUUUUAGGAAAUGUUUGUGAAAGUUUUGUUUGUUUUGAGAUUUUUAUAGAAAUGUUUUGGAGAAAUGUUUGUGGGUGAUGUUUUGU